GUCACAUACGCUGAUGCGACAUGAAUAAUUACUACAAAAGAUUUUCACUCUUAAAAUACGGACCAGUUGGUAGAAUACUUAGUUUCUCUUGCCGAAGCAAGUUCGUUCACUUUCAGUUCGAAAAAUAACUAAAGAACAUAUUUAUGUAGGUUUAAAUCGACAAGUAAUUAGCGGAAGUAUUUAUCUACGUAGUGCUCUAAUUUUCUACUUUAAUUACUACGUUUAAAAUUUACAAAUGUUGACAUUAAGCAAACUAGGAUUUCUUGUGUUUCUUGUUAAUGUUUUUAUUCCCACUGGACAGUCGGCCCUGACGGCUGAGUACCUCGACAUUAAGCUCCCGACAGCCAACGCCUGCCAUAAACCAUUCUUCUCCGGUGGGGAUAUCAUUUAUCUCUUUGGUGGAUGUGGCGAUGUCUCCGUGCAAACUCAAAUUCUCGCCUUUUCGAUAACUUCGGAGACGUUAGAGGUCCUUCCGACCCACCUGCCUGGACCAUCUGUCCGAGGAACUGUGCAGGGAGACACUACUGGAAACAUUUUCUACUUGGGUGGCGGAAGUGGCGCCACAUAUCGCCAGGUCUACAAGUUUGACCCCACCGGAAACCAAACUCAUGUCUCAGCCGUUCUUCCCUACAAUGUUGACGAAGCCUACUCCGUCAUCCGUGACAAUGCGGUGUCCAUAUUGGGAGGAUUCGCCAAGCCGAACGGCCUGCUCACCUUCGAUUUACAACUUGGCAUCACCCUUAACCAAUCCUUCCUAGCGUUCCAGUUCCACCGGGGAACGGCGACUACCGUUGGGCAAAAGGCCUACAUUUUCGACGCUGGAGAGACGGUAAACAAUCGUGCCGCUUUGGAGCUGGAUUUGAACACGUUUCGUCUCAUGUCAGUUGGUCCGGCGACGCUUCCACUUUUUAACGAGGCGCCAACUUCCGUCUUUGAUGGAAGCAGAUACAUUUAUGUUACGGGAGGUUAUAUUAGCGGGACUCCGACUGAUGGAAUUAUCUGUUUCGACGGGGUUACGUUUGAAAACCAAUUUUUUCCAGUUUCAAACUUCCCGGUUGGACUGAACAGUAGCAACACGUAUUUCCGAACAGCACCGGCGUCAAUCUUUGUCCCAAAUUUGAACAGAAUUUACUUCUUUGGGGGAGAAUCAUUUAACUCGACAAGUGACGAUACUGUUGUGCAUGAUGAGGUUUUCUUUGUUGACCUUGACUCAAUUCAAUAAAUUGUGAAAUGUGUAGAAUUUACAUCGGUCAACUUACAUAUGUAAUAGAUAUAUAAAAAAGUAUGAUGUAUAUGCUUGUGGGUAUUAACUUUUGUCCAAAAUUAUAUGCAAAUUUAAUAUUUUUUGAGUUUACGUGACCUACUAAUAAAUACUAUUUUAAAAUAUUGA